CAACUCCCUCGUCAUAGUCGGCAUAGUGGUAAACACCGCGGGCUAAGUAUAAGAACCCUAUCUUGGCAGGAUCUUUUACAGCUUGUUACGCUCCAAGCAUGUAUUGUGGACACGGACAAAUCACUUGCAGACAUCAUUGCCAGGAUAGAUACGCUGAUGAUAGAAGAUAGUAAAGGUGCUCUGAGAAGGGAAACUUCGGAACGGGAAGUACGGAUACAGGACCGGAGAGCAGAGACAGAAGACAUAGACAGACGCUCAGAUCAUCUACGGCAAGAGAUUUCAGCGCGGAAGGAGAAGUUACGGCAGCGGAAGGAAACUCUCAAUCUCGCUAAAGAACUGCACAAUGACGAGAUUUCUUGUGCUUCAAGCCGGAAGGAGGAGUUAACUGAGGAAAUGAAUCGUCUAACCUCGCUCCGUAGCCGUUUCUCACCUACUCGGACAACAUUGAUAUCAACUUUGUCUUUCAUAUUUCCUAUCGAUCUUCUAUCCCCACCCGAUUUGCUUUUCACUAUUUUGUCUGUUCCUCUACCAAUACCCAUAUUUCCGACUGAUCCAGCGCCGCCACUGACGCUUCCAUCCCACAAGGAGGUGACAGAAGAUGCGGUAGCUACUGCACUAGGGUAUGCCGCGCAAGUCGUACAGCUGCUGGCCGCAUAUUUGGGAAAGGGUCUGGUGUAUCCUGUCACGUGUAUUGGAAGUAGGAGUCUGAUAAAGGAUAAUAUAUCUGCAAUGGUGGGUCCCAAGAUGUUUCCCCUAUUUUCAAAGGGAGUGGAUACGUAUCGGUUUGAGUACGGGGUAUUCUUAUUGAACAAAAAUAUAGAGAUGCUCAUGUCAGACCGCGAUCUGCGUGCUCUAGAUAUGCGACACACGCUACCCAAUUUGAAAAACCUACUGCUGACCUUGACUGACGGAGAGGGUGCACGCUUAGCAGUCUCACAACCCCCCGACUCACCGAUCUUGUCUGGGCUGGAAACGCCUCCACGCGCUCAGUCGCCACCGGCUCUCAAGCUAACCCCGAGUAGCCCAGACGGCGAGAGUCCACACGAAAGUGUCGUAGAACAACCGCAGGAAAACAGUUCGCCCAUUACGAGUGGAUCUGCUACUCCAACGGCGGCAGCAGCAACGACCAAUGACUCGGGCACAUUUUCUAAAUAUCCUUAUCCUAAGAUCUCUCUCGGUUUUCCGCCCUUGCCAGGCUUUUUUCGGUCCCGGAAUCCAUCUGCGAGUCGGCCUUCUGACCCUCCUCCAGCUAUAUCAGAAACUUCCGCGGAGGUGCAUCAGAAUGGUAAUGCCUCUACGAAUGAGGUGGCAGAUGAGCGCGAUAGUGAUGGGUCAAACUCGGAUGAUGAUGACCAUCGAACGAUUCAGGGAGUGUCAAUCGACGCGGUUGAUGAAGCUGACCCGGCGAUCAAGGAGAGCUUAGAGCCGCCGUAUACAAAUGGAGUUACUGCCAAUGGGGAGGCUCACCAGGAAAAAGUGUUGGGCGAGGGUGUCAGUUCACAUAAAGCACCUGCGAUCGUAGCUCAUAGUGGGUAACUGGUGGCGAAUGUGCAAAGCUCAUGCCAUUGUGGAUGUCAAUUUCACUGUUUGGGAGAUAUAUCCCUUGUUAUCUUGCUGAUCACGGAAUGCAACUUCAACCCUUGCUAACGUUUCGAUGCGAAGUGCGUGAGGUCUAGCCUGCAUCUUCCGGCAAGCUAAUAGCCUUACUUCCGCACUACCGGGAUCGGUGUGAUGCUUCUUCUGUUGCCUUUACGUUCUCGUCCACAUGCGCUAGUGCUGGAUCGCCGACCGCAUAUUGCAAAAUUGACAAAGAGAAUUAGCUUCUUCUUUAUUUGCAUUGGGCAUUCAUGUGCAUGACCAAAGAAAAGACGUUGAAUUACGUGCGCUGAAGUUGAUUACUGGUCCAGCAAACAUUGAAGUGAAUAAUGGGACGAGGUAAUAAACGAGGACGGAGAAUAAGCCCAAAGGCCGGUAAUACUACGAUCGCU